UCCGUCAGCCGCCACCAGGGCUUCAGCGGCCAGCGUGGGGGCCAGUCAGUCGGGGUUGGCCGGCGCUAUGAGUACUUUCGAGGGACAGAUGGCCGAGUAUCCGACCAUAUCCAUCGAUCGCUUCGACAGGGAGAACCUGAGGGCCCGCGCCUACUUCCUGUCCCACUGCCACAAGGAUCACAUGAAAGGAUUAAGAGCCCCUACCUUGAAAAGAAGGUUGGAGUGCAGCUUGAAGGUUUAUUUAUACUGUUCGCCUGUUACUAAAGAGCUGUUGUUAACUAGCCCGAAGUACAGAUUUUGGGAGAAACGAAUUAUAUCAAUUGAAAUUGAAACUCCUACCCAGAUAUCUUUAGUUGAUGAAGCAUCAGGCGAGAAGGAAGAGAUUGUGGUGACUCUCUUACCAGCUGGUCAUUGCCCAGGAUCAGUUAUGUUUUUAUUUCAGGGCAAUAAUGGAACUGUCCUGUACACAGGAGACUUCAGAUUGGCAAAAGGAGAAGCUGCCAGAAUGGAGCUUCUGCACUCUGGGGGCAGAGUGAAGGAUAUCCAAAGUGUAUACUUAGAUACUACUUUCUGUGAUCCAAAAUUUUAUCAAAUUCCUAGUCGGGAGGAGUGUCUGAGUGGAAUAGUAGAGCUGGUUGGAAGCUGGAUCACUCGGAGUCCGUACCACGUCGUGUGGCUGAACUGCAAAGCAGCUUACGGGUAUGAGUAUCUAUUCACCAACCUUAGUGAAGAAUUCGGAGUCCAGAUUCAUGUGGAUAAACUCGACAUGUUUAGAAACAUGCCCGACAUUCUUCAUCAUCUCACAACAGACCGUUGCACCCAGAUCCAUGCAUGUCGGCAUCCGAAGGCAGAGGAAUAUUUUCAGUGGAAUAAAUUACCCUGUGGAAUUACUUCCAAAAAUAGAAUUCCACUCCACACAAUCAGCAUUAAGCCAUCCACUAUGUGGUUUGGAGAAAGAUCCAGAAAAACCAAUGUAAUUGUGAGGACUGGAGAGAGUUCAUACAGAGCUUGUUUUUCUUUUCACUCCUCCUACAGUGAGAUUAAAGAUUUCUUGAGCUACAUCUGUCCUGUGAACGUAUACGCAAAUGUCCUUCCAGUAGGCACAACUAUGGAUAAAGUUAUAGAGAGCUUAAAGCCUUUAUGCCGAUCUUCCCAAAGCACUGAGCCAAAGUAUAAACCACUUGGAAAACUGAAGAGAGCUAGAAAAACCCACCAAGACUCAGAGGUGGAGGAAGAUGAUCUCUUUGAUGAUCCUCUGCCAGUCCCUUUAAGGCACAAGGUUCCAAACCAGCAAACUCUUUACCCUGAGGUAUUUCCAAUGACUGCAGGAUCACAAAACCAACCCGAAAACCUGAGACAAAGCACAGGAUGCUUCAAAGCAGAGAGUAUGCAAACCUCCCUUUGGGCAAACUUUAUAGACUGUGAAGAAUCCAACAGUGAAAGUGAAGAAGAAUUACAAAUCCCAGCUUCAUCUCAAGGAGAUGUGGGUCCUAGCCCACAUCACCAGCAAAGGGCUGAUGUGGAAGUACCACAGUGGGAAGUAUUCUUUCAAAGAAAUGAUGAAAUCACAGAUGAUGGUGUGGAGAACAUCCCUUCCUCCACAGAGGCAGGGGGCUCUCAGUCACCGAAGCUUUUCAGUGACUCCGAUGGGGAAUCCACUCACAUCUCCUCCCAGAAUUCUUCUCAGUCAACACACAUAUCGGAACAAGGAAGUCAAGGCUGGGACAGCCAGUCUGACACUGUUUUGUUAUCGUCCCAAGAGAGAAACAGUGGGGAUGUUACCUCCUUGAACAAAGGUGGCUACAGACCAAGACUCAAAGAGAAUAUUCCUGCCUCUCAGAUGGAACAAAAUGUACUUUGCCUAAAGGAUACUUACUCUGAUUUGAAAAGCAGAGAUCAAGAUGUAAAUAUAGUUCCUAGUGUUGGAGAACCAACUACUCUAAGCAGUGGGAAACACAUACCUCAGGAAACAAGGUUGCUAAAUCCUAGCACCAAUGCAGAUUCACAGAGCUCCUCUGAUUUUGAAAUUCCCUCAACUCCAGAAGCUGAGUUACCUAAACGAGAGCAUUUGCAAUAUUUAUAUGAGAAGCUGGCAACAGGUGAGAGUAUAGUAGUUGAAAAAAGAAAAAGCUCACUCUUAAAUACUUAAGAAUUAAAAAUAUUUCGUUCUGGAGCAACCAUUACAAAACCUAUACAAAGAGGUAAUAGUCAAAAUCAUAACAGAUAAAUUAAAAUGGAAUACCUAAAAAUGCUCAUAGAAUGUAAAAGGCAGUAAAGGGAAACAAAGGAACAGAAAAUAAAGGGAAAAAAACAGAAAACAAAUAAGAUAUGGUAGAACUAAAUCCAAA